CUGACUCACCGCACAGCAGACAUUGCUUGCUUGUGACACAACUCUGUCUCUGUCUAUAUUCUAUUGCCCUAAAUCCUAUUCUCAUUGUUCCAACACAAAAAAUCUGUGUAUAUAUAGUAGCCUGCUACUCGAGUCAGCCAAAAACGACAUAAUCCGACAACUAAAGUCAAGAUCCGCGAUUCCACCACCGCAUUAGCGCAAAAGAGGUAGCUCUGACUGAACCAAGCAGCUGAUCAUCUCCGAUGGCAGCCCAUCAACAAGGCAAGUCUUUUAUGUUCUAUCUGAUUAUAACAUGCAAUUUGCUGCGCAUCUGUUGGGUCUGCGCAUCGGAGGCGCCGAUUGUGAUUGAGAAAGAGCGUACAAACGAGGAGAGAUACAAAUUAAGCGAUGGUUUGGAUGUAUUAAACAGACACCAAAAACAGCUGGAGAAGCUUGAGGAGUUGGUGAAAGAUCUUAGUGAAUUGGUGGGUAGGUUAGAAUCAAGAAUCUCCCACUCCCAGUCCCCGAAAGGUGAAAGAGUGGAUUCUAAGAAACCCAGUAUUGGAAGGGAGGAAUUGGGAAGAAAGAAGAUGAAAAGUGAUGAGCUUUCGGGGAAAUUAAGGGAGGAAGGAGGGUUGGGGAAGAAGGGUGGGGCAGUGUCGGUUACAAAGUACACUGCUUUUUGGUCGGAGAGGUUUCAGUUUAUGUCUGCCGUGAGAUUGGAAUCGGUUGCUACUUGCAUUAACGUGUUGCCGUUUAGAGAUUUUGAGGGGUUAAGCAAGUAUGUUGCGGUUGGGGAUGCAGAAGGGUGGGUGUUUGUGUUUUCAAGAAAUGGAGAUGUGGUGGUUAAGUUCAACACUUUGACAGAUGCACCAAUCACAGCUCUUACUUCAUGGUUAUCACAUUACAGGAAUGAAAGCUUUGUGGUUACUGGCCAUCACAAUGGGGCUCUUCUAAGGCAUAGAGUGUGGGAGGUUGUGCAGAACGGAGAUGAAUGGGGUUCUCUGUCCAUGGAAAAUGUUGGGGAGUUAGCUUUACCAGAAACCGGGGAGGGUGCAGAAGGUAUAGCUAGUUUGGAAGUGCAUCAUCUGGGGCGGAAUAGGUUUGUCCUGUCAACAGAUGUUAGCGGGAGGGUUAGAGUGUACUUGGAGAAUGGGACGGUUUAUGGAUUGGCAGUGCCAAGAAGCAGGCCACUCGCGUUCUUGAAACAAAGGCUGUUGUUUCUGACAGAGACGGGUGCAGGGUCGUUGGACUUGAGGACGAUGAGGAUUAGGGAGUCUGAAUGUGAGGGUUUAAACAGGUCUCUGGUUAAAAGCUAUGUUUUUGAUGCAGCUGAAAGAUCAAAAGCAUAUGGGUUUACGUCGGAUGGUGAUUUGAUUCAUGUGUUGCUUUUAGGUGAUAUAAUGAAUUUCAAGUGCAGGCUGAGAUCUAGGAAAAAGCUGGACACCACGGAUGAGCCUCUGGCGUUUCAGGCAAUCAAAGGGUAUUUGCUCGUAGCUAACCGACAUAAGGUUUGGCUGUAUAAUGUAUCAUCUCACCAUUAUGUUAGGUCUGCAGGGCCAAGGCUGGUGUUCUCUGCAGGCCUGGAUGAGAUCACUGCAUUAUUUCUCAAUCACAAUUCAACAGAUUCAAACGAGGAGAGAACGACGGUUCCUCUUAUAGCCAGUGACCGCGAAAAGCUUGUUAUAAUUGGUCUGGGGAGUGGGUAUAUUGGGAUGUAUCGUCCCAACCUUCCAGUUUUCAAGAAUGAAUUCAAUACCAUGCUAUGGACAAGCCCUGUAUUGUUGUUUAUCCUCUUCCUACUUGGCGCCUGGCAGUUUUUCGCCUAUAAAAAAGAAGCGUUUACCUCUUGGAGUCCAGACGAUCCCUUCUUGUCCACAUCAAUUGCAGGUGAAGCAUCAUUAGGAGCCAGUCAGGGCGAUGACGAAACUUUCUCAGUCCCAGAUUCUUCAAGGAAUACAGGUUUUAUAGAUCCAAGAAACAGUGAUCUAAGAGGUCCUGCAGGUAGGUAUGUCUCUCCAGCGACUCCCUUUAUGUCUGCCACUUCUGAAACAAGUGCUAGACCAUCUUUGAUUGAUUCCAAUUUCAUAACAGCUUCGCAGUUGAAAUAUAGGGGGUCAAAUUUAGAAACCACUGCCUUUCCAAACAGGAGAGAUAGCUUGUUUAUAAACAGUCAAGUCGUGGACGAUACCAAUACUGUUAGAUCAGAGCUGUGAAUAAGUAUGCACUGUAGUAGGAAUAAAGGACUAGUUUUCUGUAUCUUUUCACCUUUUUUUUUGGCUGUCCAAGUAAUUACAUGUAACAAUCAUGAAACCAAUUUUCUACAGACUUAGUAGGGAAUUACAAAACGAUGUUUCUUGAAAUAAAUUGAAUCAUGAAAAUUUCAUUCAAA